AUGGCAGCGCAAGCGCAAAGAGCCCCGGACAUCCGCUACUCUGAUGUAGCACGCUAUGUGAGCCUGUCUUUGAUGAAGGAACCACCUCGGCCGAAAUCACAAGUCCGGCUCGAUCCCUUGAAGGAACUGGCAUCUUCGCGCAUAGUGAUACCACCGCCGAGUGGAGCACAGGACGAGCAGGUGGAGCGAAUGAAGACACAGCUGGCGUGGCUCCGAGCCCAGCAGAAGGCGGAGAAGGAAGAGCUCCACAGACUCGAGACUUGCCUCUCUGACUCCAUGCUACUGGAGAAGAAGGUGCACAAGAAAACGGUCAAGGAUCGUGAGAAGUUCGAGUUCCACCAAAAGCAUGCAGCUCAGGUUGGAGAGCAGAUUCAGGCCAUACAGGCGGCACUGCAAGAAGCCUCAAGAAAGCCGGAGGUGGCGAGCCCCGGAAAGCCGCAAGAGCCCCCAGCUGGCAGGAGUAACCUUGAAAAGCCGCAAGACGAGUUGCCUGAGAAGCCCGAGAAGUCCACCAGUGAAGUUCGGUCGCAGACCGCACCAGAGUUGGACCGCAAACGGGUUGAGGUCGUCGAGGAGGAGCCCGAGGUGGCCGAGGACUCGCACAUUACCCUCAAGGAGUACUUCGAUGCUGCAGACAAGCGGCAAAAGCAGAAAGAAGCAAAGCUCACGCAAUCGCAGCUGAUGAGUGCGUCUGCGAGAUCACAGGGCUCCUCGGCGAUGCGAAGUACCUUUCACAGCACCGGGCAGAGCAGCUUCUGGCGCCGGCCGCAACUUAGCCCAGAGGAGCUUGCUCUACAGCAGGAGGAGCAUCGGCAGGCUAUACGCCGUGAGCUCAUCGACAGAUGCGGCGCCCCUCGUGCUGCCUUCCGGAAAUUGGACUUGAACGGCAGUGGCAACAUCAGCUCACAAGAGUUCGCGGACGGAGUAGCCAGGAUGGGAGUGAACUGGCAAGCCAUCACCGGUCUACAGCGGAACCGGGAUCUCUUCAAGAUGUUCGAUGUGGAUAAAGAUGGAGUCAUCGUUUACAAGGAGCUGUUUCCUGGCAUUGAUGACAAGGAACCUGAGCGGGUGAACACGCCAGAUUUCUGGAAGAAAUGGGUGCUCCAGAAGUGUGACGUGGAGAACGCGCGGGAUCCAAGGUGGCAACCGCAGACUCCGGAGGCAGAACUCGAGCAGCUCUUCAACACAUCCGAGAGCCACGAGAGCGCGGCGCAGCUCCGGAAAUGGAUGGGUGCGACGAUCCGGCGGCUCAAGAACCGAGGCAAAAGUGAUGCGCGCUGCCGCGAGAUCGUGGCAGCUCAUCUGCCUCGUGGCACAGGGCCCAAGGACCGCGAGGACGUGCAGACUUUCAGUUCUGCGGAAGUCAAGCUCUGCAAGAAGACCUACAAUGACGAGGUGAACGAUCCCGUGCGGAACAUCCAAAAGGUCUUCUACGACAUGCGAGAGCAACGUCGCAUCCUGCAUGACUCGCGCCAGAAGCUGUGGAUGGUGACUAUGGCACCGCUCGAGCGCGCGAAGCUUGAGGAGGAUAGGAAGUCUGCGGCCGCUGCUGUUGGCUUGUCGUUGGGCGGCCUCGGUGGCGGCGUUGGAAGCGCUGCCAAGGAGACAACAGAUGCUCCCGCUCAGGCCAAGAAGUCUCUCAAGAUCAUCGCUCAGCAGAGCAAAAUGGAUGAAGAUGCUGUUGAGUUCCUCCACAAGGAGUUCGCAGCUCAAGCAGACAAGAGCGACAUGAUCCUGAAGAAGGGCUUCCAGCGACUGCUCAAAGGCCUCUGUCUCGGACGCACCAUCUCGGAUAGUGACAGCAACUACUGGUGGGAGCAGGCUGUGCGCACGAUGCCGGCGCCGGAGGAUGGCCGGAAGGUGCAGGUCUUAGACUUCGAGCGCUUCGCGAUGUGGUAUGCGACUUCAGAGGCACGUACCGUUUGA